AACAGGAAGUAGUUGACACUCAACAGGAAAAUAAAAGUUUGCCUCAACUUGGAUCUCACUGACAUUACUCAUGCACGCGGCCACAUGGACGCGCGGCAUAAUAAGCGACUUGGAACAAAACGCGUUUUAAUGAGCGAUGCGAGUUCUGAUUGGACCACUUAUGUCCAAGUGACGUCACCCCUCACCCCUCCCAGAACAUAACCCCUCCUCACCCCCCCCGCAUAUAUGAGGACACCGCAGCUCUUUUUGGAGCCAUCUGCCGGACCGAGUCCAGCUGGGAGUCUCCACGUCCUUCCUGCGGAACACACACCGACGAGGAUCCGCCUUUAAGAGCGCCAAGCCCGGCAACAAAGAUGAUGCCGCUCACGUUAAUCCUCCAGCUGGUCCUGGUGCCAGCUCUCCUGGCGGCCGGCAAGGACCGCUGGGACUCCUGGGGCUCGUACGGACAAUGCAGUCGGACCUGCGGCGGCGGGGUGAUGGUCAGAAGCAGACGCUGCAUCACUCACAGGGCCGACGGAGGACACAACUGUGUGGGACCAGAGAAGUCUUAUCUCACCUGCAACACUGAGGACUGUCCAGAGGGAUCCAGGGAUUUCCGCGAAGAGCAGUGCGCUCAGUUUGACGGGGAGGACUUCAAGGGCAACCGGUACACCUGGCUGCCCUAUUAUGGAGGUGACAACCCCUGUGAACUCAACUGCAUGCCAAAGGGAGAGAACUUCUUUUACCGCCACGGCGCCACCGUGGUGGACGGGACACUGUGUCACCCCGGUCGCAGGGACGUCUGCGUGGAGGGAGUCUGCAAGCGUAUGGGCUGUGACAACAGGCUGGAGUCUCGGCAGCAGGAGGACCCAUGCCUGCAGUGCGGGGGCAGGGGACAGUCCUGCUCCCUGGUCAAGAGGUCUUUCUCCACGCAGUAUCUGACCCAAGGCUACAACCAGAUGUUCACCAUCCCUGCUGGAGCCACCUCCAUCAGCAUCAGAGAGAACACGCCCACACGCAACUACUUUGCCAUUAAGAACCUGCAUGGAGAUUACUACCUGAACGGCCGUUGGUCCAUUGAGUCUUCCCGGGCGACAAACAUCGCCGGCACCGUGCUUUACUACCAGCGAGGUGCUGAGGGAGACCCUCACACUCCUGAAACCAUCAUCGGCCGUGGACCCACCACGGAACCUCUCGUUGUGGAGCUGAUCAGCCAGGAGCACAACUCAGGAGUGCAGUACGAGUUCUACGUUCCCGUGGGACACCUCAGGGAGGGAUACACCUGGCGCUUCGGCUCGUGGUCCGCCUGCAGCACAGAGUGUGGAUCAGGCUACCAGUCUCGAAAUGUCUUCUGCAACAUGGACAACGAGGCCUCCCCCGACUACCUCUGCGCCUCUCUGGCUCGGCCCGAGAGCAACAGAACCUGCAACGCACAAGCCUGCCCCUCCACCUACAGCUGGAAAACCGGUCCGUGGAACGCCUGCUCUGUUACCUGCGGCGCGGGCAAACAGGUGCGCAGCGUGCACUGCAGCUACCGCGACGGAUCGGCGCCCCGCACCGUGCAGGACACUUACUGCGGCCAGUACUCCCAGGCUCCGGCGGCCACGCAGAACUGCAACCUGCACCCGUGCGACGACCAUCAGGCUUCAAGACCGAACAAGAUCAGCUGGCACGUCAGCGAGUGGGGCCUGUGCUCCAGGAGCUGCACCGGCGGGUCCCGGGACCGUCAGGUGGUCUGCGCAGACCGCGAGGGCAACCACUACCCUGCCGAGCGAUGCUACCCCCAGGCCACGCCCGCCGCCGUGGAGAACUGCAACAACCAGCCGUGCUCCCGCCCACAGGCCGUGCCCAGCUUUCAUGACCGCAGAGGAUACCAGAGCUCCCACACGGGCCUGCAUCCUUACCAGCCCCAGCAUGGAGACGAACACAACAAGGCGCUCCACUGCAGCGAGUCGUAUUACGGCUGCUGCCCCGACGGUGUGUCCGAGGCUCUGGGCUUCAACGAUCACGGCUGCAAUCUACCUGCUCUCAUUGCCUCCUUGCCUUCCGAGAACGCCGCCGAGUGCCGCACCACCACCUACGGGUGCUGCUAUGACCGUGCCACACCUGCUACCGGGCCCAACGGAGAGGGCUGCCGUGACCCCCCCAGUCCUUACGAGCGAUCCAUCUGCUCACUGCCCAAAGCAGCCGGCACCUGCGGCAGCUGGACCGCACGUUACUUCUACAAUGUCCUCGCCUCCAAGUGCGUGUCGUUCUGGUACGGGAGUUGCCACGGAAACAGCAACAACUUCCUGACUGAGGCCGAGUGCCAGAGGGUGUGCGAACUGUCCAACGGGAACGGACACAACGGAAAUGACUACAACGGAAACGGCGGCGCCAACGGAAACGGUUACAACGGUAACGGCGCCAACGGAAACGGCCGCUCAAACGGAAACGGUUACAACGGUAACGGUGGCAACGGAAACGGUGAGCACGCAUAUGGUAACGGUGAGCGCACCAAUGGAAACGGUGAGCGCGCCUACGGAAUAAGUGAGCCCAAAAACGGUGAGCGCUCCAACGGAAACGGCCGCAAUGGAAACGGACACAACGGUGAGCGUGCCAACGGAAACGAUGAGCGCACCAACGGAAAUGGUCAGCGCGCCUACGGAAUAAGUGAGCCCAAAAACGGUGAGCACUCCAACGGAAAUGGCCGCAAUGGUGAGCGCGCCAACGGAAACGGUGAGCGUGCCAACGGAAACGGUGAGCGCGCCAACGGAAACGAUGAGCGCACCAACGGAAACGGUCAGCGCGCCUACGGAAUAAGUGAGCCCAAAAACGGGGAGCGCUCCAACGGAAACGGCCGCAAUGGAAACGGACACAACGGUGAGCGCGCCAACGGAAACGGUGAGCGCGCCAACGGAAACGGUGAGCGCGCCAACGGAAACGGUCGCAACGCCAAUGGCUACAAUGGAAACGGUGGCAAUGGAAACGGCCGCCCCUACAGAAACGGUUACAACGGUAAUGGUGGCAACAGAAACGGCGAGCGGGCCAAUGGAAACGGCGAGCGGGCCAAUGGAAACGGUGAGCGGGCCAAUGGAAACGGCGAGCGGGCCAACGGAAACGGCGAGCGGGCCAAUGGAAACGGCGAGCGGGCCAACGGAAACGGCGAGCGGGCCAACGGAAACGGUCGCAAUGGUAAUGGCUACAAUGGAAACGGCCAAAACGGCAACAGAAACAUUGAGCGCUCCAAUGGAAACAGCCGCAAUGGAAAUGGUGAGCGCCCAAACGGAAAUGGCCACAAUGGAAACGGCUACAACGCAUACAGUCAGCGCUCCAAUGGAAACGGUGAAAACGGUAACGGUGAAAACGAAAACGGUGAAAACGGAAACGGUUACAACGGUAACGGUGAAAAUGGAAAUGGCUACAACGGGAACGGCCACAAUGGGAACGUUGAAAACGGGAACGGCCACAAUGGGAACGGUGGCACCGGCAAGGCCAGGUCAGCUUCGACCGCGGCCAGAAACGCCCACAGGGCGAGAGUCUACCUGAAGGUCAAAAAGCCUUACUUGGUCCCUGCUAAUCACCACCGCCUGGUCGGAAGUUUGACGCUGGCGCCCGUGACCAUCGACCAGUCGGACCCGGACUCCGUGGAGGCUCUGGCGGGCCAGACGGUGGUGCUGCCCUGCAGAGUUAGACCGCCGCCGUCGUCCAGCGUGCUGGUGGAAUGGAGGAAGGACAGUGCUGCACUGUCCUCACGCAGGUAUCAGCAGCAGCCUAAUGGAUCGCUGCUGGUCGGUCCUCUCAGCAAGUCGGACUCGGGUUGGUUCCUGUGCGUGGCCACCAGGGGGCAGGAGCGAGACCACCGCUACGUUUACCUCUCUGUGUCAGAGGACCAGUCUGAGGCACGUCCCACCUCCCCGCCCACACACGCCCCCCCACCUCCAAGCUUCAGCAUGGAGCGCUCGUCCUCGUCUCUGCUGGAGACGCGAGCGGGACAGCCGGCCAGACUGCCGUGUCACGUCGUCCCCGCCUCCGCCCUCAAGUCCGUCACCAUCGAGUGGACGCGAGACGGACGCACCCUCAGCGACCCCAGGUUCGUCCAACAGUCGGACGGCGCCCUCCUGGUUGAGCCAAUCAGGUCGGAGGACUCUGGCGUGUACACCUGCACUGCCUCCACGCGCCGGCAGCUGGAACAGAGACGCGUCCAAGUCCGAGUUCAAGGUGACCCCGUCACUACCGCUCCUACAGACAUCCGGGUCCCUGAAGGCACCGCGGCCCAGCUGCCCUGUGUGGUGUCAGGAGACCACGUCAGCAUCGGCUGGUCCAGAAAUGGCGUGCCGGUGCGUCCGGACGGGCGCAACAUCCAGGUGUUGUCCGACGGCAGCCUGGUCCUGAGUCAGGUGCAGGUGUCGGACCAGGGCACCUACACCUGCAACGCCUACACCGGCAGCCACUCCGUCAGCGCCUCUGCAGACAUAACCCUCACUAAAGGCGUGGAGGUGGCGUCUGAGUGCGUGGACCAGCCCGACCUAGCCAACUGCCAGCUGGUGGUCUACAGCCGCCUCUGCUCCAACCAGUACUACGCCAGCUUCUGCUGUGCCAGCUGCACCCGCCAGACGCAGGGGUAGCACAGCUGCGGUCACCACCAGUCACACCCGGCGUGGAGGGAGAGGACCUUGCUCUUUUUGGAUGGUCUUUUUUAUAACACAGGCCCCAUCUUAGGACCCCCACUAGUGGCACACGGAGCAGAACAUGGUCAAGUCAAAUGAUGCGUUGCCAUGGCCCCUGUAUCAAACAUGGCCCCUGUAUCAAAACACGGCCCCUGUAUCAAACAUGGCCCCUGUAUCAAACACGGCCCCUGUAUCAAACACGGCCCCUGUAUCAAACACGGCCCCUGUAUCAAACACGGCCCCUGUAUCAAACAUGGCCCCUGUAUCAAACACGGCCCCUGUAUCAAACACGGCCCCUGUAUCAAACACGGCCCCUGUAUCAAACACGGCCCCUGUAUCAAACAUGGCCCCUGUAUCAAACACGGCCCCUGUAUCAAACACGGCCCCUGUAUCAAACACGGCCCCUGUAUCAAACACGGCCCCGCCUGCUGCUUUCAAUGACACUGGACUUCAACACCGACGUACUUCUCACUUGUGUUCUCAUUUCAUGAUCUUUGUUUCUGCAA